UUUAGAGGUUGUAUCAGAGUUUUAAUGGGUUUUUUUAGCUUCAGGUCGAUCGAAGGUCUUGAUGUCCCAAAGUACGCACCAGUCUAUAAUUAAAUCAGACUGUAAAUUUAACCAAAUGGGAAUAGGGGGCCUGGAGAAGGAAUUCUCUGAAAUCUUACACAGAGUCUUCGUCUCUCGGAUUUUGCCUCCGGAUGUCGUGGAGCAGUUAGAUUUAAAGCAUAUUAGAGGCAUGUUGCACUUCGGGCCUUCUGGCUGCGGCAAAACCCUCAUAGCUCGUAAAAUCAAGGAAAGGCUAACUACUCGAAAGCCCAAGAUCAUAAGCGGGCCUGAGAUUCUCAACAAGUUUAUGGGCGUGUCAGAGGCUAACAUCAGAAAGCUGUUCGCAGAUGCAGAGGAGGAGCAGAAGACGCGUGGAGAAAGGAGUCGUCUCCAUCUCAUCAUUUUUGAUGGGAUUGAUGCCAUCUGUAGGGAGAGAGGAAGCUUCGGCAGCAGCCUGGGGCGCCAUCGUGGACCAGCUGACCAGCUGCUGUCAAAGUUCGAUGGUGUAAAGCAGCUUAAAAAUGUCUUUGUUAUAGGAACGACCAAUCGUCUAAACCUGAUAGACAAAGCGCUACUCCGACCCGGGAGACUGAAAAUACAAUUGGAGAUUGAUCUCCCGGACAAGUCAGGUUGUGUGCAGAUCUUGCGUAUUCACACGGCCAAAAUUAAACGGCUGGCUAGGGAUGUCAACAUUGACGAGCUGGCCAGCAUUACAACUAAUUUUAUCGGGCCGCAGUUGGUGGGGUUCGUCCAAGCGUCGCAGUCCUGCACUUCAAGCCAUAUCCUCAAGGCAUUUGGCACCUCUCAGGAGGACUACUCCAGAUACAUGUUAAACGGCGUUGUAAUCUGGAGUAGUGGGAUAAAAGAAAUCCUGAGCCUUGGAGAGCUGCUGGUGCAGCAAAUGAAGUCCAUUGACCGCACACCACUCAUAACAGUGCUGCUUGAGGGUCCACCUGACAGUGGUAAGACUGCACUUGCAAUAAAUAUUGCAAAGAAGUCGCAGUUCCCCUUUGUCAAAGUCUGCUCUACGGACGAGAUGAUGGGGUUUCCUGAGCUGGACAUGUGCCACGCCAUCAAAAAGAUAUUUGAUGAUGCCUAUAAGUCUCAGCUGAGCUGUGUGGUAGUGGACGAUAUCAAGCAGCUCCUAGUUAAUGUGUAG